AGCGUUGCAGUUAACAAAGCAACAACAAGCAACAACUCGAAAAAGUCAAGAACAACAAUAACAACGAAAUAAACCGUUUGUUAACUUUCAUUGCAGCGUCUUCGUUUGCUCUUGGAAUCUACCUUGGAACUGUUAAACGAAAAAACGAUGGUUUUUGGAAAGACUUAACUUACCAUUUUAGAAACAUACUUUCUGAAUAAUAAGCCCUUGAACUUGGCAGACUUUUGGCGAGCAGCCGCUUGGCGGCAGCGGCCACGGCAGCCGCAUGGAUCAUGCCGUCAGGGCGACGCGCGGCCGCCCGCUCAACACGUUGCGUUUCGAGAACGAUGAGCUGGAAUGCCUCUAUCAGCGUUACACGCUCAAGCUGCAGCGCUUCUCCGUGCUGGGCGUCGUCGCUCUCGUCGUCGUCCUUUGCGGUGUAAUGGCCGCCCUGUCCCUGGCCUUUAACAAUGCGCCCACCUUUCAUAACAUCUUCAACUCGAUUGUGUGUGUGCUGUUUGCCAUUGUGCUGGCGCUGCUGCAGUGCUCGAUCAUCAAGGAUCACCAUUUGCCCACGCUGUGCUAUGGCAUUUUGUUGUUCACGGCCAGCAUUUGCAUUGUGUCGAUGCCGACGCUGGGCAGCAUUUUUCCCGUGGACACCAAGGAGGUGAUGGCCGAGGGCGUCUGGCAGAUUGUGUUUGUGGUAUUUUUGGCGUACGCAAUGAUGCCGUUGCAGAUCUGGGAGGCGGUUGCCUUUGGCAUUACACUCCCCUCGGUGCACAUCAGCAUUACGGUCUAUAAGAUCUUUACGGCUGCACUGCGUUAUCUGGAAUACAAUCAGCUCAUUGCGAACAUUGUCAUCUUCAUUGGGGUGAAUGUCGCCGGCCUGGUCGUUAACAUCAUGAUGGAACGUGCCCAGCGGCGCGCGUUUCUCGACACACGCAACUGCAUCGCUGCACGCCUGGAGAUCCAGGAUGAGAACGAGAAACUGGAGCGAUUGCUGCUCUCUGUGCUGCCGCAGCACGUCGCCAUGCAGAUGAAGAACGAUAUUCUAUCGCCGGUGGCCGGUCAAUUUCAUCGCAUCUACAUACAAAAGCACGAGAACGUUAGCAUCCUCUUUGCAGACAUUGUCGGCUUCACCGUACUCUCCUCCCAAUGCAGCGCCCAGGAACUGGUGCGUCUACUCAACGAGCUCUUCGGCCGCUUCGAUCAGCUGGCGCAUGAUAACCACUGUUUGCGCAUUAAGAUUUUGGGUGACUGCUAUUACUGUGUCUCUGGCUUGCCGGAGCCGCGCAAGGAUCAUGCCAAAUGCGCCGUGGAAAUGGGACUCGAUAUGAUCGAUGCCAUUGCUACCGUUGUGGAGGCGACAGAUGUCAUAUUGAAUAUGCGUGUGGGCAUUCACACUGGCCGCGUUCUCUGCGGCGUUUUGGGGCUGCGCAAGUGGCAGUUUGAUGUGUGGUCCAAUGAUGUGACGCUGGCCAACCACAUGGAGUCGGGCGGGGAGCCGGGGCGGGUGCACGUGACGCGAGCCACACUCGACUCGCUGUCGGGCGAGUAUGAGGUGGAGGCGGGCCAUGGCGAUGAGCGAUCGUCGUAUCUGCGGGAUCAUGGCGUCGACACGUUCUUCAUUGUGCCCCCGCCGCAUCGGCGCAAGCCCCUAAUGCUAAACACGCUUGGUGUACGCUCGGCGAUCGGUAGUCGACGCAAGUUGUCAUUUAGAAACGUGUCCAAUGUGGUCAUGCAACUGCUGCACACCAUCAAGUUCUCGGAGCCGGUGCCCUUCUCCAAUAUUGCCACCGGUUCGUUUCCCUCGGCUGCUGCUGCUCUGGGCGGCGGUCCGGCACGUGGCAGCAGCACGGAUGCGGCCGCGGCCAGCGUACAGGUGUCGGAGAAAGGAUCACGCAAGUCACAGUCUAAGGUCGCGGACAAGUUUAAGCGGCCGUUCCGCAAACGGCAUUCGGUGGCCGCCCAUCAUCAGCCAACAAAUCGGGUGAAUCGCUUCCUCUCCCAGGCGAUCAAUGCACGCUCCGUGGACUGUGACAAGUCGGAGCAUGUGGAUCGAUUAACGUUGCGUUUUCGUCAGAGCGACAAGGAGCGUGAAUACCACAAGGAUUUCGAUUUGGGCUUCACGACAGCCAUGGGCUGUUCUCUGCUUCUUUUAAUACUGGGCGCUGCACUCCAGGUGACAGCCCUGCCGCGCACCCUUAUCCUGCUGCUGCUCUUCCUUACGGCUUUCAUUUGGGUUAGUGCCAUACUGAUGUUGUUGCUGGCCGUGCGCCUCAAGUGGAUCAUCUGGGACAUUUCGGAGAGCUUCUCGCUUCGAAUGGCCAUUACCAUUUUCACAAUAAUCCUCAUCUAUUCAGUGGGUCAGGUGAAUGUGUUUACCUGCGUCACGGAUCAUCCAUGUUCGGACAACACAACGACCUUGGAUUUCCAGGGUCUAGACUCCGAUAAUCUGGAUAUGUCGCCAGUAAUAAGCAAACAGGUCGAUGCCCAUCGCAAGUGCUCGUUGCCUCAAUAUGUGUCCCUGUCGGCAGCAUUCGCCUUCCUGUCCGUUUCCGUGUUUCUCAGAUUGCCAAUUAUAUUCAAGUCGCUGCUGGUGCUGGGCAUGGGCACCAUCUAUGGCCUGUUCAUUGAGCUGUCCCAUCAGAAUAUCUUUGAGUGCUACGACACUCGCGUUAAAGCAUCGAUUCCGCUUCAUUUGAUCUCAUUGGCGCGCAUUGUUAUCUUUAUGAUUGCGAUAUUGGUGCACGGCCGUUUGGUCGAGGGCACCGCUCGUCUGGAUUUUCUCUGGCAGUUGCAGGCGUCGCAGGAAAAGAAGGAAAUGGAUGUGCUGCAAGCGUCAAAUAAGCGCAUUUUGCACAAUUUGCUGCCCGCUCAUGUGGCUGCACAUUUCCUCGAUGCGCAAUUUCGCAACAACAUGGAGCUGUAUCAUCAGAGCUAUGCCAAGGUGGGCGUCAUUUUCGCUAGUGUGCCCAAUUUUAAUGAGUUCUAUACGGAAAUGGAUGGGUCCGAUCAGGGGUUGGAGUGCCUGCGACUGCUCAACGAGAUCAUUGCUGAUUUUGAUGAGCUGCUCAAAGAUGAUCGCUUUCGAGGCAUCGAUAAAAUCAAGACAGUUGGCAGCACAUAUAUGGCGGUGGUUGGCCUCAUACCCGAGUACACGAUUCAACCCACCGAUCCCAACUCGGUGCGUCGUCACAUGACCGCACUGGUCGAGUACGUCAAGGCGAUGCGGCUCUCUCUGCAGGAGAUCAACAGUCACUCCUACAACAAUUUCAUGCUGCGCGUGGGCAUCAAUAUUGGACCCGUUGUGGCGGGCGUGAUCGGUGCUCGAAAGCCCCAGUAUGACAUCUGGGGUAAUACGGUAAAUGUGGCCAGUCGCAUGGACUCAACGGGAGUGCCCGGCUACUCGCAGGUCACCCAGGAGGUGGUGGACAGUUUGGUUGGGUCGCACUUUGAGUUCCGCUGUCGAGGCACCAUCAAAGUAAAGGGCAAGGGUGACAUGGUCACCUAUUUCCUCUGCGACAGCAGCAGCAAUGCCCUGAAUGGCGAGGUGCGAAACGCUAUGAUUAGCAGUAGACCUUCGGCAGCCGCGAAUGAAUCGCAAACACAUCAGUCGCUUCCUCAUGCGGGUGGCCUGCAUCCCGCCGAGUACUAUCAGAAGGCAUCGCAGUUCCAGGAAAAUCGCGUCAAUACAGAUACCUACAGCAAGAAGGACAACGGUCAUCUGUACAAUGUGUGCGGGAGUGAGGAGCAACAGCUGUUGCUGCAGCAUCAGCAACAAAAGCAGCCACUGCCCGCACCGCCCACGACCACGCACCACCAUCUGCAUCAGCAACAGCAGCAGCGGCUCAACAGCAAGCUUCAAAAGCAACCCAACUUUAUGACCAAUGGUGGUUUACCCAAUAUCCGCGAGAAUGGACACAAUGGCGGCGAGAUGCAUUAUGCGGCCACAAAUAUGGCUAUGAAUCCGGCUGCAGUUACAGUUACGGCUGCAGUACAGCAGCAGCAACAACAGCAGCUCCAGCACCAACACCAGCAGCAGCAGCAGCUGCAACUCCAGCACCAGCUCCAGAUCCAGCACCAGCACCAGCUCCAGCACCAGCCCAUUCCUUCGGUAAUGUUGCGCGAGUUCAAUAUAAUUGAGAAUCCAAAUACCGGUGGCAGGCAUCAGCAGCAGCAGUUGGAGCAAUUGCCGUCGGCACAGCGGCCACAGCACAAUGGUAAUAGUCUCGAUGGGGGCGUGGUCGGUGUGCUGGGCGGUGAUUGUUUCAUAAUGCCGCGGCGCGAUCAACUGCGCAGCUAUGCGCCGCCGCCGGCGCUGCCCUUUAACCAGCAUGGCCAGCAUCUCCCACUGCAUCAUCUGUAUCACCAGCAUCAGCAUCUGAAUCAACAUCAGCCAUCGUCCUCCAGCAUGGGCUAUGGCAACUGCCGUGAGAGCGAGCCGCUAUUGCAUGCCAGCAGCGUCGCGCCGGUAGCCAAGAUCAUGCCCAUGCAGCAUGCGCCAAAGUACGAGCCACCACGUUACACCUGUCCCAACUCCGUGUUGUCACUGCAGCAGCAACAACAACAGCCGGAACUGGCUCCACUGCACCAGCAACAGCAACAGCGCCAGUAUGCGCUUUAUUCACAGCAACCGCCUCUGCCGCAGCUGCCACCGAAGCCAGCAUUGAGAAGCUAUCUAAAACCGCUGCCCAAGUUGCCGGCGGAUAUUGAUGAGAGCCGCGAGAUGUCAUCGACAGACGAUCUCAGCUCGCGCCCGCAUUCGCCCUCGAUGAGCAGCUCGGAUGAGAGCUAUUCAAAGACCACCGAGGGUGAGGGCGAUGGCGACGAGGAUUCGCCCCGCAUCAAUGGCGGCCAUCUGCAACGGAACGGACAUGGCAACGUUGGGUUCAAUGUGACUGCGGGGCGCGUGAAUCCGUUGCAGUGGCUCUAUCCCUGCGACAUACAAGUGGAUCCCACAUCGCCAGUGGUGAUGGACAUGGCACAGCUGCGUGACUUUGAGCUCAGCUCGACGACCGAGAGCCAGGGUGGCCACCCGACAACGACCAGCAAUACGACGAGCAACAUGCAGCACAAGGGCGACAGCUGCAACAGCUUUGACUAUCAGAAGACAUCAGCAACAGCAGCAGCAGCAGCAGGCAUCCCGGUGACGGCCGGUGCAGUUGGCAGCACUGCAGGUGCUGCGACCAAAUCACCGUUUGAGAGGGAACUGCAAAGACUGCUCAAUGAAUCGUCGCGAGCACGCUGCCUGGCGGCAGUGUCGGCAUCGUCCACGGCGGUGCCGGUGGUCACCAACUCGGAUCAAACCACCAGCAAUUGCAGUAGUCACCACAAUGUUGAUCUAAGCUAUUCGGCCAGCAACAGCAAGCUGAGCUCCAUCAAUGGUCAUCUUGGACAGAUUCAGGCCAAUGGGGCCGAGGGUGGCUCAAGCAGCAAUGGUAAUCUCAGUGGCGGCAGUAACUCAAAUAGUGGCAACAACAACUAUCACAAUGAUCAGCAGCAGCAAGACCAUGAUCUGCUUGCCAUGGCCAUUCAGGUGACUGGCAAGCUGCCCAUGAGCAACAGCUUCAUGAUAUCUAAGCAUCCUGUCGGCCUCGAGGCCAUCAAGGAAAUUACGCGCCACAAGAACCCAUCCGAGUCCAGUCAAAUGCAAACAUCGGACACGGAAUCGUGCGAGAUUCUGCACGAGAAUCGCAGCCAAAUGCAUGUGUUGGCCAUGUUGGAGCUGCAUGCGGCCAAGGAACAUCAGCAUCAGCCGCAGCAGCAACAGCAACAGACCAGACUGCAUCGUCAGCGUCCCCGCUCCAAGGAACUGCAGCGCAGCUACGAGAGCCUCGACAGGUUAGAUGGUGUAAUGGCACCGCAGCAGCAACAGCAGCAGCAGUCGCAACGUCAACGCCAUCACCAUCACCACCAUCAGCAACGGCAGCAGCGCUACAAUCAUGUGGAUCAGGAGGAGCGCGAUGAUACUGAGGACAACCUGGCCGAUGAGGAGUUCGAGGACGAUGAGGUGGGCCGCGAUGUGCGACAGAAACGACUGCUGCAGAGUGAGCAGAACAAGCACAAGAAUGACAAACAGCAGCAGUCCCAAAGUGAGGAGCUGGAGCAGCUGGAACAGGAGCAGCUAAGGGAGACGGCGCCGCUGACCAAUGGCAGCUUGCGCCUGGAGGCGAAUGUGAUAAACGAUGAGCUGAAAUAUGGUGCGGCGCAUCACAACCACCAGUCCAUGGACUCCAAUCCACUGGAGAGCCAAUCGGAAUGGUCGGACGAUGAUUGCCGCGAGGAGGCAACUGGCGGCGCAGAGUCAACAGGCUACAUAACCGAUGAGCCUGGUCUGGAGAACAUCUCGCUUUUAAACGAGGCGGGUCUGACAGACGCCGAGGGCGCCUUGUCAGACGUCAACUCGCUUUACAAUGCGCCCGAUGUGGAUGACACAUCAGUGUCGAGUCGGGCCAGUUCGCGGCUGCUCAGCCUGGAUUCACUCAGCGGCUUAUACGAUUGUGAUUUGGACUCCAAGCAUGAGCUGGCCAUUGUUAAUGCCUCGCACAAGAUAUCCAGUAAGUUUGGUCCACCACCCUCGCCGGCACAGCAGCAGCCACUAGCAGCAGCAGCAGCAGCAGCAGCAACAGCAGCGCAUUCGCCGCAGCAGCAGCAACAACAAAGUUAAGGGAUCUGACACAAGAAGUGAAAUAAGCAUAAGUAAUUGAGCACACAAAGGAAACCGAAAACAAGCACUCAAAACGUUGUUACUGCGAAAUGCAAAUGGUGUCUAUUAAUUUACAAUAACAUAACUACAAAGUUAAUUACAUAUAUAUACUGUACGUGCAAAAGCAUCCAAUAAUAACUUUGGCAAAUUCCAUGGCACUCCUUCUGUUUUGGUUUUUCGAAAUUCCGAAAAUGAAAACUGAUAUUGCCAUUUCUACAAGUUAUUAUUGGUUGCUUUCCAUUUCAUCUACUUAUGUAGCUACAGACACUAUUUUUACAUGUGAGUUUUAUACUCUGAUUCCGCGGGGCAUAUUGGUUUUGUGACAGACAUUGCACAAAACCAAUAUCCCAAGAUAUACCAAUUUGUGCUGUCCGUCUGCGUGUGAGCAAUUUUGUUGUGGGAGAUAUCGGAUUUUGUGAUUCUUCUAAACAAACUCCAAGAUUGGUGAACACCACUGAAAUUUCACAGUCGGUUACGCCCGAUUUCAAAGUUUUGACUUGUUUUUUUUUUCGGUGUUA